AUGAUGAGUAGGCUAGCUAUGCUAGAGAUACCAGUUAAACUUAUUGUAAAAGCCCCAAAUCAACAGAUUGAGGAUCAAACAAUACAUUGUAAUUUAUCAUGGACCAUUAAAAGGCUUAAAGGGUAUCUUUCGGAAGUUUACCCCAGCAAACCUAAUACAGAAGACCAAAGAUUAAUUUACUAUGGACAAUUACUUAGCGACAGUGUAACAUUAAAAGAUGUAUUUACUCGUUAUGAAGCAGGAGAAGAAACACAUACGGUUCAUUUAGUUUGCAUGCCAUCCAAAGAAAGCCUGAAAAUGCAAGCGAGAAAAUUAUCAGAGGAAAGUAAAAAAAAAGUGCUGGAAACUAGUUCAAAUGAAAAUUUCUCUGGGCAAAGAUUACAAUUGAAUGAAAGUGAAAGCUUGUCAGAAACUAGGAUAGAGCAAGAACCAACAACCAUGAGAGACUACAUCCAAGCUACUAACUAUCAAAAUUGGUUAAGCGGAUUUUAUUCUCAAGCACAAAAUACCAAUGAUUACGCCCAGCAAUGGGCUUGGAUGCAACAGUUUUAUGCAAAUUAUUAUUUAAGUCUGUACAUGAACAUGGUGGCUCGACAAAACGGAUUGAGAAAUGAAUAUUCCGAUCCUAGGCAAGCAGAAAAUGCUCAUAAUAUUGAAAAUCAAGGAAUUCGUGAUGAAGAUGAAGAUAAUCAUAGAGAUUGGUUGGAUUAUUUUUGCAUUUUGAGCCGACUUAUUGUUUUACUUGCAAUUUUAUAUUUUUAUUCUUCACCAGCCAGAUUUCUUAUUGUUUCAUCUCUUGGUAUGGCACUAUACCUGCAUCAAAUAGGUUUUUUCAGGAUUAAUCAAUUUCAAGGAGUGGAAAAUAAUAAUGAAAUAAUUAAUAAUAAUUUGGCACCAGAAAAUAACAACAACAACAAUAAUAAUGGUUUAAAUGAAGACAUUGGUGAAUUACCCGUUGCAGAAAAUGGUUUAGAUCAAAUUGAACCUGAGCAAAUAAAUGCAAAUCCAGAACAUCCUUCUUUUAUAACUCUUACUUGGACUUUUGUAUCAUCAUUCUUUUCCUCUAUAAUCCCAGAGACUCGGAAUGCUCUAUAA